AAGCAGCUACAGCUACAAGAAGUUUGGCAAAAGACGCAUAUAUCUAUGAGGAUAUAACACAAAACAAUAUCGUUAUUAUGAUACCUAUCAGUAGUAAGAGUAAAAAUAAAGAUUUUUUAAGAGCAGUUAAAUCAUUAAAUCCGCUUAUAAUUUUUAUGAAUGACUCUAAUCAACAAGCUCUAAUGUCUCAAAAAAGAGAUACAUUUAUAAAUUCUAGAAUGUUACUUGGAGAAGGAAUACAUAAUAUAGAUAAUGAAUUUUGUACAGCAAGUUUUUUUGCAAAAAAUAAAGAUCAAACAUACUUGAUAAUUCCAGAUCAUUGCAGCACUUCAGUUGGCGAGGAAUUUUUUUAUGACGGAAAGAAAAUUGGGAACGUAAUUUUUGAAAUUUCUGAACCAUUUGAAUAUGCCUUAAUCAAU